AUGAUCAAAGAUAUUGGUCAGCAGAGAAAAAUUUCUCAUGAAAAUGAUGAAGUUUCAGAUAAGACCGUUGUGUAUGACCUUCUUAAACUGGGCUGUCCGUUAUCAGUGCAGAGCAGUGAACCUUUCAAACCCAUUAUUGACGUAUACGAUGGAGAAACGUUUGUAAAAGAAGUGGAUGUAAACUAUGUAUUGUGGGAACAACAUGGUCGAGCUGGCUACAAGUACAGUAAAACCAUGAAGGAGGUUGGGUGCAUGAGAGAGGCGCAGAGCUGGGAAAAGAUGAUAAAUUCCAUGAAGGGUGGAAGUAUUGAAUCAGCGUGGUCCAGGGAGAAUUACCAAACUUGUUUUCAAGAAUCAGCAGAUGGCUCCAUUUCUGCGGAUAAUCUUUAUGAACGAUACGAGAUCCUCAACAGUUCUGGGGCCGCCUCGCACAUUGUGUGGACUGAUGUAGGCACUUUUGUCUUCCUCCUGAAAGUUCUUGAUCCUGAAUUUAGCUUUUGUAAUCUGACCGUAGAGUUUGGUGUUCAAGUGCAUGGUGUCAGGAGUGCGAUGCAAGAGAUUCCAACCUUCGUGGUUCUUGGUUCAGCAUGCCUGACUAUCAUGGCCCUGAUGCUCUCUGCCUUCCACACCACAGCACUGUGUUCCGAAUGACCGUGGGCUAUUCUCGUCUGGGAACACGGAGG